UUAAUAAACAGCAUUCAGCUAUUGCUAAUCAACAAGCAGUCGGUUUCAGAGAAAAUGAGAAUUUUAUUAUUGCUAGCAAAUGCACUUAUCAUAAGAGCUGCUGUUAUUGAAAAUAAUGAGAAAGGCAAAAAAUGUGAAGGAAUUGUAAUUGACGAGAUCUAUCAUGAAGUUGAAAUACUUAAGACUGACAUUGAUAGACCGUAUUUGUUAACUGUAGACUAUAGUACAAAUACAGUUUAUUUUAGCUACAGCGUUAAUAAAGAUGACGAUAUAUUCAAAACUGCCUAUGUGAAUAUGAACACAAAGGAAUAUGCAGAGUUAAAAGGCAUCAAUAAUGGCUUCGCACAGACAGUUGAUCAAAAGAAUCAUGAAAUAUACAUUGGCGGAAGCAGUGGAUUAUAUAAAUAUAACCACAAAACUAAGACAGGGGAACAUAUUGGCGCAAAAGGUAGUGACAUUUGGAAUAUUUAUUUCAAAGAUAUUCUUUACUAUUCAACUUUUCCCAAUCAAUUUCUUUAUACAUUCGUUAAUGGAGAAUCAAACCGUUUUAAAGACCUGGAAGAUACAAAAGUGGAUCUUUUUGUGAUUGAUAACGAAGACACAAUGUUUUUUACAAAUGCAACCGGUUUGUUUGGCCUGCAAAAGGGUUCACAAAACGCCACUUUGUACAAAGAAUCAUCUGAAGGCAUUAGAGGACUGACAACUGAUAUCAAUGGAAAUGUAUAUACCUGUACAGCUGAUGGAAUUUUCAAGGUGGAUAAAUCAAGUUUAACAUUAGAAAAAGUUGUUGACAUUGAUGAUGCAUUUGGCUUGGCUUUCGAUAACGAAAACAACAUUGUUUACUCGGAUGCCACCAAGCUGGUAAGGCUUAAGCCGAAUAAGUAUAAGUCAUGUGACCUUAAGAACUAAACUUAAAACAAAAUUUUAAUUCUUUGUAUUAAUUAACUAAGGACGAAAUAAACGCGUUUUAUUUAAUUUGAAAAACACCAAGGUCAUUUCGUAAUUGGGACUAAUUGAAUGGACAAUUGUGUUGUCAACGUCUUCGCGGAUAUUAUUAGAUAAAUAAUUAGAAUAGAAGACGUCAUAAAAGUGCGAAUCUGUGCAGCACGAUUUAGUGACACAGAAAAGUGAAGUUAAAUAGGAUCUAGUUUAGUAGUUAAUUCUGCAUAGUAGUUUUAUGUACUGCGUUCCCCAGUGUAAUAUAUGUGAAGUACGGUAUGAUGUUUCAUUUAUGGCAUCCUAAUUGUAAAUAAAAUUACGUAGCCCGAAUACCAAAACAAUCUC